CUCUCCUCUUUCUUUUCAUAUUCUUUUUAAAUAACAUUCAUUCAUAUUCCCUCUUUCUCUCUCCUUAACCAUCACACCAAAUGUAUGAAUUUUCUCUCUCUUAAUUUCUAUUUUUCUCUCCAUUUUGUCUGUUUCUGAUGUAUUAGCAAAAUCCACAGAAAAAUAUUACCAUCAUCAACAAAAAUGACUUCUGGAUUUUCCGGAGAUCUCUUUUAUGGCGGAAAUGGUUCCGUUAAUGGAAGACCCUCCUUGUCAGGUUUCCGUCAACAACAACAGCAACAACAACAACAACAACAGCAAGGGUUGUUCGAUCAACAGAUCGCUCAAAGAAAAGCGGAAUUUGUUAUGGGGAAACGGAGUUUAAGCGAUUUUCAACAACAUCAAAUCCUUCUUCAUCAUCAACAACAACAACAUCCGUUUCUUGUUUUACAGAAACCACAAAAUCAACAUCAGAUGAGUUUACUCCAGCAACAAUUUUUGUUGAGAUCGGUAAAACCAAGAAAUAAUACUCUUUCUUCUUCUCCGAUUUCUCCGCUUUCUGUUGAUCUUUGUUCUCCUAACAGUAUUAGUAAUAAUAAUAUUAAUAAUAUUAAUAUUAAUAACAAUUCUCUUUCUUCUUCUUCUACCACAACUCGAUUCGGAGCUCCGAUUUAUCCUCACCAAAAUCCGCACCUCUUCCAUCAACAACAAAGAAUUUCUGUUGUUAAUAAUAAUAACCAUCAAUUUCUUCAGAAUAAUCAAUUUAACCCUAAUAACAACUGUUUAAUCCCUAAUAAUAAUCUUAUUAACCCGGUUCAAGUCUCGAAUCCGGGUAUUUCUUCUCUUGGAUAUUCAAAUUUUAAACAAGGUUCUCAACCAGAAAAUUUCUCGGGUGCUGUGUAUUCAAAUUUGGUAUCCAAUAACCCGGUUGUUGCUUCGAAAGUUGAGCCGGAUGUUGAGGCUCAUAAGUUUCGUAACACCCUUGAUGAACUUGAGAAACAAUUGUUGUACGAUGACAACGAGGAGGAGAAUGAUGCUGUUUCUGUCAUUACCAACAGUGAAUGGUCUGAAACGUUUCAAACUCUUAUGGGUUCCAGUGAAAAUCUAAACCCAAGCCCAAGCCCAAGCCCAAACCCGACUCCAAGCCCGAAUGCUACAAACCAUGUUUGUUCAAGCACAAGUGGAAGUAGCAACACCAAUAUAAUCUCAAACAAUAACAACAUAAUUUCGCCUUCACCUACUUCAUCAACCUCUUCGUGUUGCUCAACAUCAGCCCCUGUUCCAGCAACCCAGCAAGCACCUGCAGAAACUCUCACCGUUAAACAAAUCAUUUCAGAAGCGGCUACAGCGAUUUCAGAGGGGAAGAAUGAAUUAGCAGCCGAGUUUCUGACUCGUUUAGCUCGAGCGUCCAAUGUAAACGGGAAUUCUGAACAGAGAUUAGGAUAUUACAUGGGUAACGCGCUCUGUUCUCGCGCAUUUCCAGAUGAGAUCUCUCCACCUGUACGAGAACUCUACUCUGAUGACCAAACGCAGGCUAUGUACUCGCUCUAUGACAUUUCUCCUUGCUUUAAAUUUGGUCUUCUAGCAGCCAAUCUUGUGAUGUUGGAAGCUAUUACAGGUGCUCAACAAGAAGGGUUAAAAGUACAUGUGGUUGAUUUUGACGUUGGUCAUGGUGGGCAGUAUAUGAACCUACUACGCGCCAUGCAUGACCGUCGAUCCACUAUGGGGUUCAAGGGGACUGCUAGUAAUGAGAUGAAAAUCACUAUUGUGGAGACAGGUAUGGAAAAUCGCGGGUUUGAUGAAUCUAUGAAGGAACUGUUGAUUAAAUUGGCAGAGAAUUUUGGGAUUUCUUUGAAGUGUGAGAGAUUAACUCUGAAAAUUACUGAGUUAACUCGUGAGUCACUUGGGUGUGAAGAUGGGGAAGCCAUUGUUGUCAAUUUCGCCUUUAAGCUGUACCGGGUACCCGAUGAAAGUGUUUCAAUUGAGAAUUUACGUGACGCGCUUUUAAGGCGCGUGAAAGAUCUUUCCCCACGCGCGGUUACUUUAGUUGAGCAAGAAAUGAAUGGUAAUACGGCGCCGUUUAUGACCCGGGUUAACGAAUCAUGUGCUUAUUUCGGGGCUUUGUUUGAAUCACUUGAGUCUACUUUAGCUUUGGAUCAUCCGGAGCGGGUUCGGGUCGAGGAACGGCUCGGGAAAAAGAUGGCGAAUUUGGUUGCUUGUGAAGGAAGGGAGCGCGUGGAACGGGCUGAAUUGUUCGGGAAGUGGCGGGCUCGGAUGGGUAUGGCUGGGUUCGAAUUAAAGCCUUUGAAUCCGAGUGUUGCGGAGUCAAUGCGGGCUAAAUUAGAGUCAGCCCGAACCGGGAACCCUGGUUUUACUGUGAAAGAAGAUAAUGGUGGGGUGGCUUACGGGUGGAAGGAUCGAACACUCAUCGUUGCAUCUGCUUGGCGUUAAAUUCACUUUAAAAUUUAAUAUUAUAAUAUUGUUUACUUCUUACUUUAGCCCAUAAUUAUAGUGUAAUUUCAAUUUUUAAAUAUAAUUAGAGUACUACUAAAAUUUUCUUUUUUUUUUUUUUUUUUGAGUUAUUAUGGAAGAAGGAAUGUAAGGAAAGAAACCCCACCAAAGGAAGUAAUAAAAGAGGUUGGGGAAGUGUUUGGAGUUUGGAUGGGUGUGAGAGAAAAUUCUUGUGAUCAAUUUUUUAUUUCUUUUUUUUAAAAUAAGUUUUUAAGUGGUUAAAGGAAGGUGGGAUUUAAGGGAGUAUGAAAUUGGAAAAGUUUGUUUGGCAAAUUGGGCUGACUUGUAUGAUAGCUUCUUCUCUUAAUUGGUAAAAUAUAUUGAAUGGGGUCCACUAUUUCUUGGCAUAUAAUUAUAUAUUGAAUGGUGUUUUUUUA